AUGGGGAAGUCGCCGUGCUGCGACAAGGCGAGGGUGAAGCGGGGGGCGUGGUCGCGGGAGGAGGACGCCAUCCUCACCACCUUCGUCGCCAGGUUCGCCAACGCCGGCAACUGGACCACGCUGCCGCAUAAGGCAGGGCUUCGCCGCUGCGGCAAGAGCUGCCGCCUACGCUGGCUCAACUACCUCCGCCCGGCGCUCCGGCGCGGCGGCUUCACCGAGGAGGAGGACGGCCUCAUACUGUCCCUCUACGGCCACAUCGGAAGCAAGUGGUCGGCGAUCGCGGCGAAGCUCCCCGGCCGGACGGACAACGACGUCAAGAACCACUGGAGCACCAAGCUCAAGAAGAGGCACGUGAUGCUGAUGAGCACUGCGGCGGCGCCAUCGACUCCUCCAGCCGGAGUUGCUCCCCCGGCCACUCCUCCUCCCGCGCUUGUCGAUCUCGAAGCGGCCCUCGCCACGGUCGACGACGGCGGGGAGCUCACGUGCGAAGCGGAGCAGCUCUACGCCGAGCUCAUGGGGCUCAUCGAGCAGCAGCCCACGGGCCACGGCCAGCAGCGCAGUCUGUUAUAG